AUGCAUAUCUCUACCCUCAUGACAAUUCUCUCCACCGUCGCACCUAUAGUCGUGGCCGAGUGCUGCGGCGCCGGUUUCUGUCACAAGACUACUCCCAACUGCUUCACACCCAACGCUUGUGCCGACGGAGCGUGGGCGACCCCAUGCUGCGGCCGCGGCAAAUGCAAUAUCUUCUGCUGCGCCUGUGACGGCGGCUGCCACAACCCUAAAUUGGCGAAACGACUGAACACCAAGGGGAUGGAGCGCAGGACGGCCGAGCUCACAGAUACUGAGGCUUUCGGCCAGGCCAACGUUGAUGGGACUGGAAACCUUACCCUCAACCAGUAUAUACAGUACAUGGGUGCGACGAAUGACGAUGAGGUCUACGUCAGCUGGUUUAACAAGCAUGACAAAAAUGGCGAUGGCAUCAUCACAGCCGACGAGGUCCGCCUUGAGUAA